AUGGGUGGCCGAGUUGAUACGUCUAUCAAUCAAUCAGCAGGUCCUUAUAUUUUUUGGAUGAGUGGUCAGAAUUAUCAUCACAUUGGUUCUUUGUUGCCAGAAGUUGGGAAAAAACCACAAUUUGCUCAACUAUAUAUAUAUGAUACUGAAAAUGAGAUAGGAAACCGAAUGGAUACACUACUAAGACACGGGAGGAAGAUAGAGAUUAAACAUGAAAUCUUUCAGGAAUUAUCUCAAAUGUUGGAUCAACAUAAUAAUUUGGUCAAAUCCUUUAGAAUGGCAAGGGAUAAAUUCAAAGCACAACCAGAAUCUAUGUUUCGUUUACAACUCCUAAGUAGCAGGACAACAGAUGGUCGUCAAUACAAUAUGCCGACAUCAUUUGAAGUAGCAGGCUUAAUAGUUGGUGAUUUCAGUGAAGUGAACUUCGAACGUGACGUUAUUGUAGAGCACCAAACUAAAGGAAUUAAGAGAAUCACAGAUCUGCAUCCAAGUUUCAUGUCUAUGACGUGCUCAUUAAUACACCCUUAUGGUGAAGAUGGAUAUAGACUUGGCAUACCUUUGAGAGACGUAACUAAAAGCUCUUUCAAUAGGCAAAAGUUGACAAUGAGGCAACAUUAUUGCUUUAGGUUGCAGCAAAGAUUAAAUGAGGGUCAUACUCUUCUUCGAUCCGGUAGACUACUGCAACAAUAUAUAGUUGAUUCUUACAUGGAAAUUGAAGAAGAAAUAUUUCGUUGGAUACGAAAUAACCAAAAAAAACUCAGAUCAGACCUUUUCUCUGGUUUAAUGGACGCUAUUCAUCGUGGUGAUUCAUAUUGCUCAAAAGUGGGGAAAUCAAUUAUUUUGCCUUCGUCACACACUGGAGGACCACAAUAUAGAGUACAAAAUUAUCAAGAUGCUAUGGCAAUUUGUAAAUGGGCAAGGUAUCCUGAUUUAUUUCUUACUUUCACUUGCAACCCAAAGUGGCCAGAAAUAAAUGACAUGAUCCAUUUAAUAGGCCAAAAAGACGAUAACAAUCGGGUCGAUAUCAUAUGCAGAGUAUUUGAGAUAAAGUUAUUCCAGCUAAUGCACGAUUUGAAAAAAGAACAAUCGUUUGGAAAGAUAAUCGCAUCAGACCAUAUUGAUAAUAUAAUAAGCGCGGAAAUCCCAGACUUAAAUGUUGAUCCUGAUUGUUAUAAUGCCGUCAAUAAAUUUAUGAUUCAUGGACCUUGUGGAAAACUCAAUUCAAACUCUCCAUGUAUGAUGCAAGAUAGGUGCACAAAACAUUUUCCAAAAAAAUUCAAUGAUCAAACGACCAUCGGCACAGAUGGCUUUCCAGUCUACAAAAGGAGAAAUACAGGUAUUCAUGUCGAAAAGAAAGGUGUCCUUUUAGAUAAUCGAUAUGUAGUCCCUUAUCACAGGAAUUUGAUUGUCAAAUUUGAUGCACAUAUUAAUGUCGAGGUUUGCAAUUGCUCUAGAUCAGUCAAAUACCUUUUCAAAUAUGGUCAUAAAGGGUCUGACAGAACUACUGCAACAAUGGAAUCUAUUGACACUGCCAAAGAAAUAGAUGAGAUAAAAACAUAUUUUGAUUGUAGAUAUAUCUCGGCAAUUGAAGCUUGCUGGAGAAUAUUCCAAUUUGACAUACAUUACAGACAGCCAGCAGUCGAAAGAUUACCAUUCCAUUUACCCGGAGAGCACACAAUAAUAUUCAAAGAAAACAAAUGUGUUGAAAAUGUUGUUUGCAUACCUGGAAUAGAAAAAACAAAGUUCACUCAAUGGUUGGAGGCAAACAAGAAUUAUGAUGAUGCAUGA